GCAUCUGGACCGUCCGAUGCGUUUUGAUUAAAACAACUCCUGCUUUAAGAAAAUAUCAUCACUGAUUAAAAAAUGGCUAUAAAAAUUCUAGAAGGAAGGCGAACUCGGUCAGUUGAUUGUCACAGUAGAGGGAGAAACCUAGAGAGAGAGAGAGAGAGAGAGAGUAAAGAAAACAAAUGGAGAUGAGUGAGAGAUAGUAAAUUUUUUUUAGGGUUUCCCAUUUUUCCCUUCAAUUUUUCAAUUGACUAAAAAUUUUCAUUCUCUCCCUCUCCGGUGUCCACUGUGUUGAAUUUUACCGUCUUUUUUAUCAGUGAAUUCAACGUGUAUUUAUUUUCCCUGAAAAAAGCUGGGAUUUUUCGUUUUCCUGCUGUGAAACACUUGGUUUUGUUUGAUUUUCCGGUGAAACUUUUUUUAUGAUUCUUGUUUCUCGGGUAAUAGCGUUGAAAUUACCGUUUGAUCCUUUGCCGAUCCCGGAUUAUAUCUUUGAAUAAAAAUCGAAUCACCGGUCCAAAAAUUUUUGAGCUUCUGGCGGUUGUUCAGUUCUGUAAUUUUCUUAAUAAAAAGAUUGGAUUUCUUUUUUUUUUUUUUUUUUGCUUGAAGUAAAAGAUCGAAAAAUUUGGUACUUCUUCGGCUUUUGUGUCUUCGGUGACUUUGGUUGGACAAAAUUUGAGGUGAGAAAAGGGUCAUAAACUGUAGACUUAAAAAAACAGUAGUAGGAAAAGACCCAUUUGAUUCGAUAAAUUUGUUUGGGUUUUUUUUUUUAAGAAAAAUCUAUAGAGAAGACAGUUUGACUUUAAUUCUGAUUCAAAAAAUUAUUGGAUUCAAUUAAUACCUUUCCAAAUUUUGAUCUUGUUUUCAAUUAUCAAACUCAAUUGAUCAUUUCCUGAUUUGGCGGUGAACUGCGAGACAAAGUAGCCAUUUCGACUUAAAAAAAGGAUUUAUGGAGUUUUAAGGUUGUUUAAAAAGAUGGCAUUUUAUUAUCAUGGUUUUCCAUGGUGGUUUCGGGGUGGUGGAAGUAAAGAGAAACAGCCUGUUUCAAAUGGGUCUUCUUUGAAUUCUCUAAAUUCUUCUUCUUCUGACUGGGGGUUGGGGUUGAGAGAGUCUGAACCUGUUAAAUUCCAAACAAAAAUAGCCCCAACGAAGGGAGAGGGAAAGUGGCAAGGUUGUGAGGAGAGGGGGGUGGUUGAUAAAGAAUGUGAUAUUGUGGUGGUUCCAUCAGACGGUGUUUAUUUGUCUGUAUUUGAACCAGAAGGCCCAGAAUGGUCCAUUGGGUGGGAAGAACCCCACGGUCCUGGUUUUCAAGAUGAUGGUGGAUUUGCUGUGUUGGUUCCUUCUUAUAGACUUGGAUGCAGGGAACUUGUGGAGGGUCCCAAUAACCAGCUGUUGAGUGCAAUGAAGAACCUCCCAAAUGGUUUCUCUUCUGAGGGAAGCAACUCUGUGCAGCAGUGGUUUUCUUCUUUGCAGAACUUCUGAAAGCCUAGAAGUUUUUGACCGAGUGACCGUAGAUGAAGUUUCUGUAAAUAUUUCGGCCAGGGGUACUCUUGAAGAAGUAAUCUUAUAAUAGUAUCAGAGUAAUGUAAAAAAAAAGAAAGAAAAAAAAGUGGCAGGUAAUGGUAGAGAUGAGGAUCUGCUUCAGCUUCUGGUAGAAUGCAGAUGGUUAACAUCCAUGGAGAAUGGAGAUGCACCUGAGGAUGUGUACGCUCUGCUUCAAGAUGAAGAACACAAAUGUUCCGUGGAUGUUAUUUUCUUUUGUUAGUCAUCCUUCCUGCACACAUUCAGCUGAACUGAUCUGUGGAAACACGAAGAUAUGGUGAUAAAUUUUGUUUUUGUUUUCUGUAAAUACUAUUACUGUGAAUGUGCAAGAAAUGAUCAUUGCUUCUUGCUUAUAUUGAUCUUUUCGAUAUUGUUUGGUUUGCGUUUCGAUGCAGUUUCAUCUGUCAAUUAGACUCUUAACCCCUGGCCAAAAAAAACGAUCUUUAUUCCAUGAUUAGUGUUUUCACGUUCAUCCCCAAAUACAAGAACGUACGACUUUAAUCUUUAUUUACGCAUCAACAUUCAAUUUAAGGCCAGCCUUUCCGCUUGAGUUGAGAAUAUGAGAAAAAGAUAAGUUCAUGAGCAUUGCAAACAGGUGUCACUUUCCAUCCUUUUUUGACAUAAAAAUAUUCCUGGAAGA